AUGGAGGCGCCGUUUUACGCCGAGGAAGGGCUGGAGCUGCUGCCCGACUUCGUGCCGCUGCCGGGCUUCGGCACCGCCGGCGGCCCCGGCGCCGAGGCGGCGGCGGCGGGGCAGAAGCUGUUGCUCGGCGCCGCCAAGAAGCGCGACCUGGCGGCGCCCGCCGCCCCCUCGCCGCUGCCGGGGCCUUUCGCCCUGCGGCCGCCCGGCAGCGCCCGCGGAGCGGAGGCCGCGCUGGGCUCGGCGGCGGAGCUGCCGCUGCUGAAGCUGCCGCCGGCCGCCGACCUGGAGCAGCUGCUCAUCCAGGGCGGCAGCGGCCUGGGGCCCGGCAGCCCGGGCCCGGCGGCGCCCGGCGGCGCGGGGGCGGCGGCGGGGACCUUCCUGUACCGGCAGCCGGUGACGCAGGAGCAGGAGGGCUUCGCCGACGGCUUCGUGAAGGCCCUGGCCGACCUGCACAAGCAGAACCAGCUCCUGGCGGCGCCGCCGCUCUCCCCGCCGGGGCCCUGCUGCCCCGCGCGCCCGGGGCCGCCGGGGGCCGCCGCCGCCGACCCGCCGGCCGUCUACACCAACCUGAGCAGCUUCACCCCCGGCGGGCCGCUCAGCCCCUCGGGCGGCGCCUACCCCGCCGCCGGGCCGCCGCCGCCGCCAGGCCUGGGCUUCGGGGCGGCGGGGCUGGGCAGCGGGCGGCUGCCGGCGGCGCGGGGCCUGGAGGAGCCGCAGACUGUGCCCGACGUGCCGCCGCCGGCGGGCGGCGAGGGCGGCAGCGGGGCGCCGACGCCGCCGUCGCUGUCGCCGCUGGACGCGGAGAGCCAGGAGCGGCUGAAGGCCGAGCGGAAGCGGCUGAGGAACCGGAUCGCGGCCUCCAAGUGCCGGCGGCGGAAGCUGGAGCGCAUCGCCCGCCUGGAGGAGAAGGUGAAGGCGCUCAAGGGGCAGAACGCCGAGCUGGCCGCCACCGCCAACCUGCUCCGCGCCCAGGUCACGCAGCUCCAGGGACGCGUCCGCAGCCACCUCUCCUCCGGCUGCCACAUCAACGCCGCCGGCCCCGCCGCGCCGCCCCGCGAGGCGCGGCCCGAGCCGGCCACCGCCGCCGCGCCGGAGACCAGCGCCUGCUGA